GACACGCGGUACACACAGGUCGGGAGCAUGGAGGUUGAGGCCGUCCGCGGAGCCACAGAGGCUUACCCUGUGGACAUCCUGGAGGAUGACCCCGACGGCUAUCAGUCUGCUGCACAGGUUUACUACGAUCUGCUCAGGGAAGGAGCCCCGAGCUCAACAGAGGUUUUCUCCCUUCCCACAGGGGAGCAGGUCAGACUUGAAACUUCAUCUCUUUGUUUUUGCACUCUGUACCGUGACGAACCUCAACAUAAAAUACUGGUUCUGGUUAAUCCCCAGGACACAAAGACAGUCGUGGCUGUUUACCUAAAGGAAUCCUGGUGGUCCACAGAAGACGUCCUGAGAACUUCUGAUCCCACAAGGGAAGGGCUUGUGAAGGUUCAGUCCUUUGGGGAAAGGAUUGUACUUUUUGUUCUCAACACCAUUGUUUUUGGAAGACUGGAGAGAAGCCUGGACGAUGAUGACAUGUUUUUCUUACCUCACCCCUCGAAGGAGCAAGCGAAGAUUCUGUGGCGAGAUGGAGCGGCAGUUGGAUUUUACUCAAUCAAAAUGAAAGGCAGCCUCUGUGGUGAUGGCACCAGUGCAUGCUACCUGUUGCCUGUCUUCGACACUGUGUUUGUGAGGAGGAAGAACCGUUGCCAAGGCCUGGGGACAGCCAUGCUGAAGGACUUCUGUGACACCUUUUCAGAAGAGGAAGCCCUGGGUGUUAGCUGUCCCGUAUCUCCUGCAAUGUACAAAGUCCUCAGACACUUCCUGUUGACCUGUCCAAGCGAGAGAGGUCGCCUGUGGGAGGUGGAGCCCCCAGGGGCCUGGGGCCAGCGUGUCAACAUCUGGCUCAAGGUUUCUCUCCAGGAGGCCAGACUUCAAGAUGGGAGCACAGUGCGCUCUGAAUGCUCUGAAGAGGACACGGACACUCCCAGGGAGACUUCUCAGGAUGAUGGACCCACAAGGUUAGGUCAUGGAGAAAGCGCCAAGGAGUGGAUCACCAGAAAACUGGAAAAGACACAGGGUGACCAAGAAUGUGUCCCAAGAGAGGGGGAAGCUGGGAUGUCCCUGAGACCCCCCUGGGAUGAGAUGGAGGGAAGAGGAGCCAAGAGGACAGUGGCUGUCACUGAGCUCGUUGGUGAACCAUGGCGGAAGUGUGUGCGGCAAACUCCUAACUCCUCAGAUGUCCAUCUGGCUUCACCAGCAUCCGAGCCUAAGAAUUUUAUGUGGCCCUGAAUAGUCUUGAAGAUGGUCCUGAAGACUGUGUGGAUCUGCCUAUCUCUGGCUCCUUUAGUAGGCUCUGAGAGUUUGAAAAAGUGCUUGGGUAAGCCAAUUACUAGAUGGAAGCCACUCUCACGAACCUACUGUUUGCAGAGCCAAGACUUUAGAAGCUCGUUUGUUAAAACUACCAUUGCCUCCACUCCCCAGGAGUAUGGUAGGGAGGUGCAUGGGACAUGUGAAGGGAUCAUGAAUAUAUUUCCUUAGUGGAAAUGGGCCCAGAGCCGGCCAUGGUACCCAUCUGUGUUGCACAGUCAGCCCUGUUGUAACCUCAGAACUUGACAGCAGAGGUUUUCGGGGAGACAAGUCUCUUCUCUGGGGAUUUGUCAGUCACUUCAGAGCUCCUGGAGGGUAAGCACCAGGGCUGGAUGUGCCAAGGCCAGAUGGUGGCCGCCGUGGGUCUUGGCCUGUAAUCUGCCCAUGCUGCCUUCAAUGCCUUGGGUCCAGCUGACUGAAUGUGGGGAUGGAUUUCUGCCAGAGAAAGCUGCUCUGGCUCUCUGCGGUCCAUAAAUGGUCAAACUACAUAUGCUUUGGGACCUUUUAUAUUCAUCAAAGCACUCAUUUCUACAUGUAUAUGCAUACAUAUAUACAUCUUUCCUUUUCUCUCUUCUCCGUUUUCUUCACCUCUUCUUCUCUACCUCUUCCCCUACCCAUUUAUCUCUCUCUCUCUCUCUGUAUAUAUAUAUAUAUAUACACACACACAUACUUACUUCUAUAGCCCCCACAGUCUGUCCUCUGUGGCUCCUUCCCUACCUCCAUCCAACUCUCCAUCCAUCCAUCUAUCCAUCUAUCCAUCUAUCCAUCUUUCCAUCCACCCAUCCAUUCAGUGUGCUUUCUGUGGGACAAACUCUGUGCGGUGCUUGGGAGGUCGAAUUGAGGUUUGACUUCAGCCCCAGGGAGCUGCUGUCUCUGGACGGGAUGCUCUUGGUUGUCUAUUGCAGUCUGCAUCUUCUCAUACCCACUGCGGAAGGGAGGGUCCCAACCACAAGGAAGCAGAACUUGCAGCCCUGUACGGGGAUAUCACAAGGCCCCCGUUCACAGAUGGGGUCUGUGAAGGAAGGCCAGGCUCCGGACAUGGACUGAGCAUCUGAGGGGUGCUUUGUGUGGGGCCCCACUCAUUCUUUAACAUGCAGUUCAUGUGUUGUGAAGAUUUUGUACUUUCUGUUUAUAUGAAAAUUAACUCAUAAGUAUCUCCGGGAUUUAAUAAAGUUAUUAUUCAGUAAGACCAUCUAAGUAUUAAUA